GCAUUAUAAAAGGCACGGGGCGGAGGACCGGCUGGUGAGCUCUCGGUGCGCAGGCGCAUGCUUUCUCCUCUCGUCCGGCUGAGGAGUGUCGGGGCUGCGUGGUUCCGUGUGGCUGUGCAGCGGUGGCGGUGCGUCUCGGACACCAUGAGUGGCUUCAGCCGCGAGGAGCGCGCCGCACCCUUCACUCUCGAGUACCGCGUCUUCCUAAAAAAUGAGAAAGGACAGUAUAUUUCUCCAUUUCAUGAUGUUCCGAUUUAUGCAGAAAAGGAUGUAUUCCACAUGGUGGUUGAGGUCCCACGCUGGUCAAAUGCUAAAAUGGAGAUUGCUACAAAGGAUCCCUUAAAUCCAAUUAAACAAGACGUGAAGAAAGGAAAGCUCCGCUAUGUUGCAAACCUGUUCCCUUACAAAGGCUACAUCUGGAACUACGGGGCCAUCCCUCAGACAUGGGAAGACCCAGGACACAGUGACAAACACACUGGCUGUUGUGGUGACAAUGACCCAAUUGAUGUUUGUGAAAUUGGAAGCAAGGUGUGUACAAGAGGGGAGAUAAUCAAGGUGAAAGUUCUGGGCAUACUGGCUAUGAUUGAUGAAGGCGAAACUGACUGGAAAGUCAUCGCCAUUAACGUGGACGAUCCGGAUGCGGCUAAUUAUAACGAUAUUUCUGAUGUCGAACGGCUGAAACCUGGCUACUUAGAAGCCACCGUUGACUGGUUUAGAAGGUAUAAAGUUCCUGAUGGAAAACCAGAAAAUGAAUUUGCGUUCAAUGCAGAAUUUAAAGACAAGAAUUUUGCAGUUGACAUUAUUAAAAGUACUCAUGAUUAUUGGAAAGCAUUAGUGACUAAGAAAAUAGACGGGAAAGGAAUCAGUUGCAUGAACACCACCGUGUCGGAGAGCCCCUUCAAGUGUGAUCCUGAUGCUGCCAAAGCCAUUGUGGAUGCUUUGCCACCACCAUGUGAAUCUGGCUGCUCACUACCAACAGAUGUGGAUAAAUGGUUCCAUCACCAGAAAAACUGAUGAUGAGAUGCCCUGGAAUCCAAGCUGAUCCUGCUGCAUCCUCUUCGCCUGGAAGCAUUAGAUGCAAAAGUGUAGUAACGUUUCAAGGCUUUAAAUUUCUGUAACUUGCCUAGUGAAGCAGAUUCAGAUUCUGCUGUGGCCAGUCCAAUAUGUUCAGAAGGUUAGCCAUCCAGACACUUCACAUCUCAACCAAGACAGCUUUUACACAUGUUAACUCUCAAAGCCGUUGGCAUGGAAGUACCACAUAUUGGAUGUAUAUGUUUACUGUGUUAGGAAAUAAAGUUAUUUUGCUGAAACUUG